AUGCCAACAUUUAGAUCAAUAGACUCACGUUCAUCAUUAAUUCAAAAUACUCCGGAUGGAGCAAAUGAAGAAAUAACUCGUUUACAUCAACCAUAUGCACAACUUCUUCAAACAAAUCGAAAUCAACUUAGUCGAUUAAUUAGUAUUGAAAAUGAUAAUACUACUAAAUUAUAUGAAUCAUCAUUAAAUCAACAAGCAGAAAACUCAUCAAGGUAAAUCUUUUAUUCAAUUUUCAUUGCAUGUAGAAUAGUUCAUUUCUAUAUUGGUUAUUUGAAUAUACGUUUUUAUUC